AUGAAUGCCAUACAGCAGAAAUGUCGUCCCAAGCACCAGGUCUUGGUUCUUAAGUGCUAUCCUAGCACCACGAAGGGGGCCGUCGAUGUUAAGCCGAAUUCAAGUGAACUGAGCUAUCUUCUGUUCUACGCCACAUCGCGACGAUCCAAGAUCCAAAAAGUCGGCCAGUUUCUCGAGAAGAAGACGGCCAGCGAUGUAUGGAGGGUGCGCAUCGGAAAUGUCCAGGUUACCCUGCAAAUACUCGCUGCUCUGAUCGAAAAAGCCCCCAAAGAUCUCCCCUUAUUCGCACAGAAUGUCCUCCGAAUAUUAGACCUCGUUCUUCGAUCCAAUGACAUCACUAUGGUAGAGGCGUCUCUGCCUACAUUUCGGACUUUCUGCGAGCACCACGAUGUCUCAUCGCUUAUUGCCGAUCAAGCUUACCUCCGCCAGUAUGAACAAGUUGUUCGUGCUUAUGCCGCGUUCGCGUCAACUCAGAAUGUUCCCGACAAGGCUACAGCUAGCAAACCUGUUGCCCUGAGAUGGAGAAAUGCAGGCUUAGAAGCAAUCAAGAGCGUUGCCGAAUCCGACGCGUUAUCAUCCGUCGCCGGACGUCAGCUCGACGUUAUAGUUCCCAUGAUCCUCGAGAAUCUGUGGACUGAUGACGAAGAAUUCCUUAAUACUCUAUCACAGCGUGUCGAGGGGGAAGAGAAGGACGAUCCCAAUGCCCUGCUGCGACGGAGAACUAGUGUUUCCACUAUCAAGACAGCAGACAACGGAGGUGACGCGAACCCGAUAGCCAUUUCGGGCACAUCUGUCGAUAUCGACAAGCUUGCCGAAGAAGAUAUCGGUGUUAUGGCUAUGCAAUGCUUGAAGCAGAUAUUUAUCAUACCCAACAGAGCACAGAUAAACGGAGCGACGGCAGCGCUGCUCAAAUUCAUUAAAGAGCGUGUUCAGCAGAAGGAGCCGGUUGUAAUACACUCCGAAGAUGGCAGUGGACGCAGCCGUGGCUGGGCAAUCAAGAUCUUUGAACUUGCAACAAGAUGGGCACCGGUACAGGAUCGCUAUGUUAUUAUGAUUACUACUACCGAUACGCUCCUUCGAACCGCACCGACCGAAGAGAACAUGGCAGAUCAAAUCGUACUCACCGCCAUUAUCGGGUCUUUACUGAGUUCUGACAUCAACUUGAUCGGCUUGAGUGUUAUGGACGUACUCACUGGGUUGAUACAACAUAUGAAGAGGGUUUUGAAAUAUUCAAGCAGCUCGAGGGGAAGCAACGUUUCUUCGGGAGACGAGAAACCUCCUUCGGUCACUGAUCUCUCUCACAUCUCGAUACCGUAUAGAGAACUUUUGACUCGAAUUCAGCAGUCGAUUGGGAAUCUGGCUACUCAUGUGUACUACGCCGACCAGAUCUCCGACAUGAUUUCCACCAUUCUCUUACGUCUUAAGCCUCACCCAAGCACGGCAGCAAACGCGUCACCAACCCCUGAAAAAACGGAUGGUGUACCCGGAGUAUCCGCCGGCAAUGUCUCGGAUGAUCAGUCUCAUCUUGACAGUUAUUUCGCGUUAGAUGUGGCUAAGACUACUGCCCUUCGUGCAAUUAAAUCUAUCCUUCUCGUUGCCAAUCCGAAAACGAAGGUUAGCGGAAACGUCAGUCUGACGAGAAACAAGGUGCCUAUGCAAGUAUGGGAGGGUACGCACUGGCUCCUACGGGAUCCAGACGGACAGGUCCGAAAGGCGUAUGUUGACGCUCUUGGCACCUGGCUUGACCGGGAAACGACCAGUUCCGAUUUAAUAGCGCGAGACGACCUGGGCCAGAAACAACGAACGAGUAAUAGAGAAGCAACAUUAGCUAAUACUGCUCGUCGAGUUGUUUCGAGUGCCUCGGCUCGGGAUAAGCCUGCUAAGACUGCUCGAUCCCGCUUCUUACAGCUUCUCCAUCUCGCCAUAUAUGACAGUGCUCGGCAGUUUGUGGAGUUCCAGGCGGAUAUUGCUGUUCUCCACGUCUUGUUGACCAAACUAGUCAAUAAGCUCGGCGUAAACGCAGCCAGGUACGGUGUUCCGAUGAUCUUUCGGCUCCAGGAAGAUAUUCUAGAAACAGAAACACCUGCAGCGAAAUUCCAUCUUGGAUGCCUUUGCCAUGGCUAUUUUUGGGCCUUGAGUGAACACUUCGAGUUCGAAGCAUCACCAGUCGGCCGAGCGAUUCACAACGAAAUCGUCCGGAGGAGAAGCAAGCAUUUUUGGAUUGAAGGUGUUCACGUUCCGACGCCGUCACUAGAUCUUUUAGAAGCACCCGGCUCGCCUAAAACGAAACCAAAAGUGUCCACGCGCGAAGUCGAGUCGGAAGCAUUGUUGCCUCUCGACGACCGCGUUGGACUAGUUGACUGCAUAUGCGCAAGCUACAAAGAAAGAGCCGUCUCUCCUCCCUCUAGCCCCUCUCAGUCUCCUGGCCGUUCGUUCUCUCACCCAAUCCUAGGCUCCACAAUGGGCGCCAUACCACCGGCCAACGAGGAACACGAGCUACCGAACAAGUUCAGGGAGGAAAUGCUAGCGGAUUGGAACCGAGAGGCUGUCAUCCUCGCGCUGCAAGCCGAGAGCAAGUCGGCUUCUCUUAGUGGAUCCAAAGCCGGGACAACUGCUACCAAGGGAAACCAUCUUACCGUUAAUGGGCUCACGUCUAACGGCUACGCCUCCAGCAGACCAGAAUCUGCCUAUGCUCGCCAGAAUAACCUGCGUCCUGCUUCACGUGCUAGCCAUGCCGCUGCUUUACGGAAUUCUAGCGCGCAGAGUCACGGCUCCGGGAGGACUUCCUCUAGUCGAGGUCUCGUCGCUUCCGUUGAUCAGCUCAAAUCAGUUUUAACCGGUGAGGUAGCUAGGCCUGCCACGUUCCAGACGUUGCAAGAAGAUGGUGAUAGCAGUGAUAGCAUGGCGAGCUACGAGUAUUCACCAUCGGAACUUUCGUUCAAUCCGAACCAGGCAGAUGGCGGCGAUGCUAACGACGCAGGCCUUACGCGUUCGCGGUCAAAGUCUCGGGAGCGAAAGGCGUCGGCAGACUCGGGAGGUCCUCUGACUUCUCAUCCUAUGGAAGGUGAUACGGAGGAUGAAGGCGUACCUCCAGUACCGCCGCUGCCAGCAGACUUGGUGGGGAAGUCGCCUCCACCUGAGAUCAACGUUGAGCGGCUUGCCAAGGUCUCAAUCCACGACUAUGGAGCGAAGGCUCAGAGGAGCAUUAGAAGCCGAGGAGGAGAUGGCAUUCUUUCAAGUCAUUUCUCGAACGCGGGGGCGGCCAGCAUGGAUUUACAAGCGAUGCUCAAGGGCAUCGAUAGCAAGUCUAAGCUGAACACGCUCGGAAAUCUGACAAAGCCCCCCUACUGA